GAGAGUCUCAGAUAAGAGAGUUUAGAGAGUCCUGUGCUUCUUCUGCUGGGUCUCGUACUGUUUCACUAAACUGCAAUGGCCUUUAAUCCAACAGUGAGGAGUUUAGCACUUCAUACCUUCUUCAUCAGUCUGGCUGUCAUAGUGGGCGGUCAGCUGGAAGACCGAGUGCAGCUGCGGCCCCCUCUGGACCCUGUGGACUGCGCUCUGUCUGAGUGGUCUUCAUGGACACGCUGUGUCCCCUGCCUCAAAAAGAGGUAUCGCUUUGCUAGGUUGGUGCAGCUGUCUCAGUUCGGAGGGGAGCCGUGUCAUGAGCUCGGCCAUCAGGAGGAGUCCUGCACCCCCCCGCCCCGCUACAGCUGCCAGAGCAAGAGCCCACUCUGCCAGGGCUUCGUCUGCACCAGCACAGGCCGUUGUGUGUUGGAGGGUCUGCGCUGUAACGGUGAUGAUGACUGUGGUGAUGGCUCUGAUGAGCAGGGCUGUAAGAAGGUGUUUCGAGCCUGCAGUGAGCCCACCGAGGAGUACUACGGCAUCGAGAACCUGGCCAAAGGGAUCAAUGUCCUGAACAGUAACUUGGAGGGGUUGGUGCUGGAUAAUCGCUACUUUGCCGGCGGCUGCCUCCCCCACUACAUCCAGGACAUACGCUUCAGGAAACCAUACAAUGUCCAACAGUACACACUCGAGACAAAAGGCUCACACGAAUUCAAGCUUGAGUCUUACAGCUCGUACACAGACUUUGUUGAGGAAACUAUGAGAGCCUCUCUGUCCAAGACCAGCGUCUCCUUCGGCUUCUCUUUGGGAGGAUUCUCACUCAGCUACGACUAUAACGACGAGCAGUACAAGAAGUCUGUGAAGAAGCUUCGGCAGUUUUCUGGAACGGACAGCCAAUUCAUCCAUGCCCACUCUCAGCUCGAGCUGGCGCGCUAUGUUCUAAAGACAGACGGUCUGAUGCUGCACCCGGACUUCCUGUCCCGCCUGCGUGCUCUGCCGCUGGAGUACACGUACGGAGAGUACCGCCACCUCUAUAACGACUACGGCACCCAUUAUAUUACAGAGGCUACGCUCGGGGGAGACUUCGAUUACACCCUCAUCAUCAGCAAUCAGGAUCUGAAAAAAUCUGGUUACAGUCUGGAUGAUGUUAAGAGAUGUACAGCAGUGGGAUUUAAAAUUGGGGCGAUAAUCCAAGGAGUGCCUGUGUCUGCAGGGAUGUCAUCGGAAGACUGCUCCGGUCUGCUGAAAGAGUUUGGAGACUCGGAGGAUCGGUCUUCAAUCCUGAAGGAACAUGUCGCCGUGGUGAGAGGGGGCGACAGUGAGACGAUUUCCCGCUUGGCCGCGAAGGAGCUUCCAAACCCAGAUAUCAUGCAGCGGUGGGGGGACGCUGUUUACUACAACCCCGACUUCAUCCGCACCAAGUUGUCUCCGCUGUAUGAGCUGGUGACGGCGCGAGACUUCACCUCCGCUAACAUGCUGAAGAAGAACCUGCGGCGCGCGCUGGCAGAGUAUCUGAGUGAGGGCAGCUCGUGCCGCUGCACCCCCUGCCUAAACAACGGAGUGGCCGUCCUCAAAGGCAGCAGGUGUGAGUGUGUCUGUCCUGCUGGCACUCGGGGGAUAAGCUGUGAAAUAACAAUGAGAACAGGAGUUGCAGUGGACGGUGGUUGGAGCUGCUGGUCUGAGUGGUCCUCCUGCAGCGGUCAAACCAAACGGCGGACACGUCAGUGCACCAAUCCGGCGCCGCAGAACAGUGGAGUGCCGUGUCAAGGGCCAAAUGAGGAGACAACUGAUUGUUUUGAAUUUUAGACAGUCCUUCUAUCAGCUUUUCAGGGAAUGCAUGAAAGUUUUCUGACUCAGCAUGUUGUGUGUUCACAUAUGGAGCAUUCACUGCUACUGUUACUGACAAAUAAACAAAUAAAACAUACAGCAACACAAA